AUGUCUACCACGGUGACCAUGACGAUGGCAACCCAAGACCCAUCCCAUCAGAGCGACCGUGUCGCCGCGGCAUCCAUAGACAGGCAAAAGCUGAUGGACGAUAUUCACCACACGGCUCAAUGGGGUGAGGGACAAAGAUGGGGAGAUGCGCCGACUGAGAUUGGUAUGGCCCGUUUGGCAUUGAGUGAUGCAGACAAGCUGGUCCGGGACUGGUUCAUCAAGGAGGUCAAGAAGUACGGCUGCAAAGUGCACGUAGAUGCCAUGGGCAACAUCUUUGCUAUCCGGCCCGGUAGGAAGGAAGGGCACCCCACGUUCAUGGGCUCUCAUCUGGACACUCAACCUGCUGGGGGAAGGUACGAUGGUAUCCUCGGCGUUCUUGCCGGUGUCUCUGCCCUGAGGACCCUGCAUGAGUCUGGAAUCGAGACCGAAUACCCUGUCGGUGUUGUGGACUGGACCAACGAGGAGGGAGCAAGGUUCCCCCAGUGCAUGAUGGCUUCGGCUGUAUGGGCUGGUGUUACGGACGUCAACAACACAUACCAGAUUGCCGACAUUGACGAUGCCAAUGCCACAGUCAGGUCUGAGCUGGAGAGAAUAGGCUACCUGGGCCCGACACCAGCCCAUUACACCGCAACGCCCAUGGCGGCGCAUUUCGAACUGCAUAUCGAACAAGGACCCAUCCUCGAGGCAUCACGCCAAUGCAUCGGUGCCGUGGAGGGAGUCCAGGCCAGCAAAUGGUUUACCAUCACCGUUGGGGGCCGCGAUAGCCACACGGGAGCCACUAACUUUGAGAACCGGUCUGACGCCUUGUUGACCAGCGCACAAAUGAUCCUGCGCUCACACCAAGUCGCUACCGAGUUCUCAUCACUGGCCUCGACUGGCCUCCUCUCUCUGGAGCCCGGCAGCACCAACACCGUUCCCGGAGUGGUUACCUUCUCUCUAGAUCUCCGUUCCAGUGAAGACAAGAAGAUCGAGGAGAUGGAGAGCAUCCUCCGCCGAGACUUCGAGAGCAUCGCAAAGGGAGAGAGUGUGGGAACUGUAACCGCAGGCUGUACUCGUGGCCGUGGCUGCACCGUCUCGUGGAAGGUCGACUCGCAUGCAAAGGUAGCAAAUUUCGACAAGGAGUGCAUCGAGUGUAUCGAGAAGGGAAGCGAAACGCUUUUCGGAAAGAAGGCUGCAUCGUUGACGAGGAGGAUGUACAGUGGUGCUGGGCAUGACAGCGUCCACACGUCUACAAGAGUGCCCACGGCUAUGAUCUUUGUACCGUGUAGAGAGGGCAUUACCCAUAACCCCACGGAGUACUGCUCACCAGAGGACUGUGCUAACGGCGCGCAAGUUCUUCUUAAUGCUGUGCUGAGGUAUGAUCAUCUUCGAGCAGUCAAGGCAUCGUCAUAA